AUGACCAUGCCAACACUUUACGAAGUCCUCGAUGUCCCCGUAACGGCCACGCCGGCCGAGAUUAAAAAAAAGUUCUACGCCCUCUCCCUCGCCCACCACCCAGACCGCAAUCCCAACGACCCCAGCGCAUCCUCGCGCUUCGCCAAAAUCUCUUCCGCCUACCAAACCCUCAGCAACAGCGCAAAGCGCUCAACAUAUGACCGGGACCACGGAAUCCACUCGCGAAACUUUCAAUCCACGCACUCCACUGCAACACCCGGUCAGCACCCCAUGGGCAGCCACAGCAGUCACGGCGCAUCAUAUUUCGGGUCGCGGCCUGCAAGCGGACUCAGUAAACGGCGAGGCGUAUUUAAGGGUCCUCCGCCGAGUUUUUACGCGCACGGCGGGUAUGGUAAUAAUAGGGCUCGAAGGGCGGGGGGGUUCUAUUCAGCUGGGUCUGGUGCUGGCGGUAGUUCGGCCGGUGCCGCGGGCAGCACUAAGAAAGAAGAUGAUCCAACGGGGUUUAUUGAUCGGAAUCCAAUAUCGCAUUUUAACGCGCGGGGCCAUUAUCGAACACAGACGGCAGAGGAUGCGCGAAGACAGGAAAGACGGUCCAGGGUGGAUGCCGAUAUCAAUGAGCAGUAUAUAGGUAGUCGCGGAGACUUUGCGUUGCGGUUCAUUGCAGUUUCAAGCAUCUUGCUGGGUGCGGGCGCAUUGGCGGGGUUCCUUCGUUGGCCGAGCAGUGAUGGCAGUGUUAAUGAGAAGUCGCGCCAAACAAAGUAUUCGAGGAUGAAAGAUGGCUGA